AUGGCCACGACCGGUUCUGACGUGCUUUUGGAGCAGGGCUCACCCCUCGUCAAUGUCUCGUGCUUUGAUCUGCUCUUGAUCGAACUUGUGCCACUUGCGGAGCGCAUGGCGCGGGCAUACGAAGCAUCCCUUGACGGACCUGCGCCGCACUCACCCGGCACGAAGCGCAAUACCAACUCUUCGACAACUGCGAAACCUAACCCUCCUCUUCCUCCCGGCACUGCUACUCCUAUGAAUAUCAACGCUGUCACCAUCGCACCGCCCACCGGAGGCGGUACAGGAUCAUCCGGUACGAUCCUCGCAGGCGAUGGCCUGCCAGAGACAAACAUCUUCCGAGAUAGCAUGUACGUGCGGCUUGAGCGGCUGGGGUUCCGCGUUGGUGAAGGGCUCAGCGAACGGUUUUCCCGCGACAGACCCCGGUUUACGGACCAGUUGGACGUGAUCAAGUUUCUAUGCAAGGACAUGUGGACUGUGGUGUUCAAGAAGCAGAUUGACAAUUUGAAGACGAAUCAUCGAGGUGUCUUCGUUCUCACAGAUAACAAAUUCCGGCCUUUUUCACGAAUGAGUAUGGCGAACAAUGCCGAAGCGCUCGACAGAGCCCAACCACAUCUUUACUUUCCUUGUGGUAUUAUCAGGGGCGUUCUAUCGAGUUUGGGUAUCAAGGCUACCGUUCAAGCAGAGACGACCGAACUUCCAGCGGCGACUUUUCAAAUUAAAACGAUCCAAGCAAAGACAUAA